AUGAUCCAGUCAGAUCCAACUCGGAUGUACUUGAAAUUCAUUUGUCAUCCAGAUAUUCAAACAUGGUGUGGUACUCUGAUGGUUUAUGAGUCUGAUUGGUUCACUGACGACAUCUUGAAACAUGAGAGUUUUUGCGUGAAUGGUGUUGCCAAAGAGUUCUGGUACGAAUUGUAUUCAAAGGGAGACUACUCGCCGCAUUACGAAUGGUUGUACAAGCUCAGCCACAACUGUACCUCUGAUCAAAAAAAUCGGUGCCUAGAACCUGAAGAACAUAAACGUACUAAAACUGAUGGAAUACAAUACGUCCAUUUCAUUGAGGCCGUAAUGAAUGCUGGAGAGCAAGUGGAUAACUGCACUCAUCCAAACGGAUAA